GUUUCAAUCCAGCUAUCUAUCAUUUGCGUCAUUCAUACGAAUAUAUUUGAUUCGUCACAAGUUUUUUUUUACCAGCGGUCUCUAAAAAUUAUAUAAUCACAUAAACACCGAAUUUCAGUUUAUAAUCCCAAUUUUGGCUGAGCUUUCUUAUUCAUAUUACCCAGACGUUUUCGGUAGUUAUACUCGGCAAUACAUCAGGACCCAACUAUCAUACCUCCACCUCUGGAACAAUUAGUUCUUGUCGAAUUCGUUCUCUAUUGACAAAGUGGCGGCAAUGCGAUUCAGCUUCAGUCUUCGGAAACUUCUGAAAGAGUGGUCGGCUGCACUCUGGGCGCAAAACCCGGACUACGAAGCGCCGGUCUUAAUUCUACCCUACCCAUCAUAAUCCUCUUAAACACAUCACCUCUAGGUGGUUUUCAAACUUGACUUGUUUCGGACUUUCAGUUCAAGUCUUCAGUAUGACUAAUUUUGUUCCGUUAAUUUAAAACUAUAAAUAAACAUUUAAUUUUCACUUUCUAAAAGGUUGUUCAGAAA